AGCACAAAGUCCAGCAGUCUGAAGGGCGACAGACAGACAGGCAGACAGACAGACAGACAGGCUGGCAGGCAGACAGGCACACACACACAGACAGCUGUGCACAAGUGAAAGUGACAGAGAAGAAGAAACGUUGUUCUGUCUUGUUUCAGACGAGCUGGAACACUGAAGCAGGUUUGAGUCUGCAGAUCUGUGUGUGCUGUGCUUCCUGUGUUUCCUGUGUGUGAAGCAGCUGGAGUAUAAAGAUAUAUAUAUAUUUAUAUAUCUUUAUAUAUAUAUAUUGAGCUUUGGAUCCGCUGAGACACAAAUAUAACAACGCGACAAACAUGGAGAACGGGAAGAACCGCCUGCAGCAGGCCCAGGAGGACGUGGAGGAGGUCAGGGUCAUCAUGAUGGACAACGUGAACAAGGUUGAUGAGAGAUCUGAAAAACUGGGCGAAUUGGAGGAUCGGGCUGAAAUACUGCUGACAAAGAGUAAAGACUUUCAAAAGACCAGCAACCAGGUGAAGCAAAAGCAGAAAUGGGGGAACAAGAAGAUGAAGAUGGUGUUUAUCGGCGUCGGAGUCGUAGCCGCUCUCGUCAUUAUUGGACUUAUAAUCUUUGCCGCUGUUUGAUAACGCACGAGGAGGCGUAACUCGAAGUUACUCGGCGUAACUGAGAGACGUGGACAAAGACGAGCGCUGCAGGAGAAGAGGGGUCUGCUGGUUCUGUGUUUAAAGAUAUUUAUGGGUCGUCCCGCUCGUCAGAAGUCUUCACUUGAUAUGGUACCAUUUAUUGCUUUUGAAAUAACGUUUGGAAGGUCACGUCUCUUUCUCACACAGACGUUUAUACUUUGGGUUUCGUUCACGGUGCACAAAUAAAAGAACACUUGCAGAAGUCCUUCUUAUUCAGAUUUGGCCGCUUCCACUGCAGUAAUAUUGCAGUUUGAGUUUUCUCCCUUUGACUCUGAUGUACGUGCAGCGAUGAGGAAUAUCUUCAUCAUCAGAGCAGCGACAGCAGCAGCCACAUAAUCACACACAUUAAAUACAAAGAUCACAAGUUAUUUAAGAAGCCGGUGCAGCAGGAACACCUUCCUUCUCAAGUCUGUUAAUUACUUUAUGAACGUCACUUUUGUGGACUUUAUUUAACACAUUCUGUGCAUCCUCUACGGUCCAGCUGUCCAGACGUCCUGCCCACUCGUGUCACCUGUCCUUCACGGAUCCCGCGCUGUGGUUCGCUUCCUGCCGUGUUGAGGAGUUUGAUUGAAACAGACUAAAUGUUGGUUUGUGAAAGCGCUCUCAUCAGUGCUCGGGCAGCACCCCACCACUCCUAAGCAAAACUAUGAAUUAGUAAUAUUUUUAACCAAACAUUAUCAGGCUGCUACUUUUGUACUUUCUUGUUUGCACACGGUGUUUCACGUUCACGGCGAGCGCGAGAGGAACAGAAGACAUCAUGGCGGGUCGCUGCUCUGGGAGGAGGACACAGCUUUGGAUUGUAAAACAUGAACGGAUGAAUUGUCACGUGAGAUCUGUUUCAUUAAAAUGUGUUUAAAGCGACAAAA